AUGCAGAUCAUCGCAUCGCUUCUCGUCGUCGCGGCGAGCGCCAUGGCCGCCGACGUCCAGACCGCGCACCACAUCACGGACAUGCCCAACUACAAUGACAAGUCGCCCAUCAAUUUCAACCAGUUUGCGGGGCACAUGCCAUUGCCCUCGAAUGGCCAAAAGAUGUUUUACUGGCACGUCGAGUCCCAAGCCAACCCGGCGACCGACCCGCUCGUGCUCUGGCUCAACGGCGGGCCCGGCUGCUCGUCGCUCGGUGGCUUCUUCACGGAGCUCGGGCCGUUCGUCGUUGAGAGCGACCUUAGCGUGAAGCGCAACAAGUACGGCUGGAACCGCAAGACCAACAUGGUCUUUCUCGAGUCGCCGUCCGGCGUCGGCUUUAGCACGCCCUUCCUUAACGCCUCCGACUACAACGACGCGUUCACGACGGCCCGUGCGCGCGAGUUCCUCGCCGAGUUCCUCCUCGCGUACCCCUCGUACGCCGGUCGCGACUUUUACAUCACGGGCGAGAGCUACGGCGGCAUGUACAUCCCGUACCUCGUCGAUGCGCUUUUGACGGCGCCGAUUCAUGGGCUCAACCUCAAGGGCUUUGCGAUCGGCAACCCGUACACGGACGAAGCGAUUGACAACGAAGCGUACUUGGACUACUACUACACGCACGGCAUGAUCUCGAUCGAGGCGUACGCCGACAUCCAGGCCAAGUGCAACCUCAACGGCCUCGCCCAGUUUGCCGGCGUCUUCUCGGACCGCUCGAGCAACGACUCGUGCGCGGUGGCCGUCUCAGAGGGCAUGGUGCAAGCCGAGACGGACAAGCUCAACGGGUAUUACAUUUACGGCGACGUGUGCCUCCUCCAGAACGACCAAGGCAACACGCUGCAGUAUCGCGACAUUCGCCCGAUGCACCGCGGCCCGUAUGCGCCGUGCACCGAUCAGUUUACGCAGUCGUACUUGCGCCUGCCGCAAGUCCAAGCCGCGAUCCACGUCUCGGGCAGCCACGUCGAGUGGAAGAACUGCGCCGGCCACGCGGCGAUCCAGUACACGCGGAGCAAGUCGUCGCUGCCGCUGUACCCGCGCAUUCUCAAUGCGAACCUCAAGGCGCUCAUCUACAGCGGCGACGCCGACUCGGUCGUCAACUUUAUCGGGACGCAGCGCUGGAUCACGUCGAGCGGUCUCAAACUCAACGUCGUUGACAAGUGGAAGGCCUGGUUCGGCCCGGACAAGCAGCUCGCGGGCUACACGGAGGCGUACCAAGGCCUCAACUUUACGACGGUCAAGGGCGCGGGGCAUAUGGUGCCCGCGGUGCGGCCGCUCCACGCACUCUACAUGUUCGAGUGCUUCGUCUUUGGCCAAGAGAAUUGCGACACGUUUGCAUACCCCAAGGACAACUUGGAGUAUUUGACGGGCGCCGACGUCACGUACACGAACGACGAUGAUGACGUGACGACGCAGGCGACGCUCUCAUCGGGCGAGUCGAGUAUGAACUGGGGCCUCUUUGUUGUGGCGCUGCUUCUCGUUGGUACCAUCAUCUCGGGCGCCGUGUUCGUCAUGCGGCGACGCGCCAAGAAGCGCGAGUACGCGGACCUCGAGGAGAAGACGCCGCUGACGUGCUAG